CGGUUGAGGCUGCGCCUGCGCAGAUUGGUUUUGAAGGUUGGGAGUGUUGUAUGUGUUAUGGUCGUGAUCAUGGUGUGAAAGUUCCCUAAAUUUGGUCUGAAGAAGUGCUAGGAAGGAUAAGAGGGAUUUAGAAAGAUGCCGCUUUUUGGAAACACAUUCAGUCCAAAGAAAACUCCGCCCAGAAAAUCAGCCUCACUUUCCAACCUCCAUUUGCUGGACAGAUCUGCCCGUGAAAUUGAGCUGGGCUUAGAAUAUGGAACCCCUGUUAUGACACUUACAGGACAGAGUCUGAGGUUUGAGAAUGGCCAAUGGAUACCUGAAUCAUUUGGAAGCAGUGGGGACCGGAGGGAGACACAGCGUCUUCGCAAACGGAAUCAGCAACUGGAAGAAGAGAACAAUCUUCUUCGGCUGAAAGUGGAUCUUUUGUUGGAUAUGCUCUCUGAGACAACUGCUGAAUCCCACCUCAUGGAGAAGGAAUUAGAAGAACUGAAAAAUUACAGCCGAAGGAGGAAGUGAAUUAUAACUUGGCAAUCGCUAGGAGAUAAGGGGGAGAAAUAACAGGCAAAUAUGAUUUAGAGGGAUCAGAUUCAUCACUUGUGAAGUCACAUCUGCCUUGGAAGACUUUGCUGUCUUCGACUCUUUAUAGCCAGGGCCCCAACUAAGAAAUAGUUAGUUCCAGUGCUAGUAUCUACUUUUUAGUUCCAGGAAGCUAGUUCCAGAAAGCUAGUAUCUACUUUUUUUCUCUUUGUGAAACUUCUAUCAAAGUGCUCUUAACAUAUGUUCAUUAUAUUAUUAAAAGAUGUUUAAGUAUAGGUAACAUUUAUGUCAUCUUCCCAAGAAGAUAGCAACCAUUCUGAAAGAUCAAAUCAGAAGAAAAGAUAGGAACAUUUCUUGCAAUACAUCUCAGGAUAUUUACUGAUAACGAAAUUAUUACUAAGCUAGAAUAUAUACAUGCAACAUGCACUCACUUUUGUCAGCUUAUAUGAAUUGUAAAGCAAGCUAGGAAGCUGAAUUUACUCAAAAUUCAUAAGACUGAAAACAUGGUAAAUUGCUUCUAAACAAGGCAGGACUGAAAGUCCGCUUUAGAUUAUGAACCCUGUUUUAAUUGAAAGUUUAUGAGUUAAGUGUGAGCUAGUAAUGUAGCCUGUUUUUGCUUUAUACAGAGGAAUGUAUGCAAUGCAAGUGGAAUGUACCUGAGUUCAUGCUGCUUGUACACAUUUUGGCUUGUCAUUCCAGGAUCCAUGUUGUGUCUAAAAUAAGCCAUUAUCUUUCUUUAAUCUAUUUUAGGUUCAUUAUCCAUGCAUUCCUUGGCAUCUAGGAGUCUAAUGUCUGGAGUGCAAUAUAUCUCUAGAUUGUAGUUUCUGACAAUGACUUGGUAUAUGGCAGACAAAAUAGAUAGCAUACCAUAUCUUUUCAUUAGUUUCUGUUGUUAUAGGAGGUAUCACAAAUGCUCCUGCACUUUCCCUGAAAGUAUAUAGCAAGCCACCACUGAGAUAACAUUUAAAUCUGACAUCAGAAAAAAGACACAUCCUGAAGAACCUUAAAAGUGUAACAAAAUUGUUGGGGCAUCUGCUUUAAUAGAGUAGUCACUUGUUCACAAAUACUUAGAUAACAACAUAUUCAUCUCAAAAAUGGCCUAUUUAUUCUACAAUUCAAAAAAAUAAGUUAGGGUUGCCUUAUAACUACAAUAAUUUACCUGUAAAGUGCAGGUAAUUAUAUAUGUACGUACGUACGUACGUACGUGUACACACACACACACACUCACAUAUGUUACCCGACCCUUAUUUCUUUGAACUUCACACUGAAUAGCCAAUUUUUAUUAUUUCUGCUCCUUAACUCAUAAUAAAUCACUUUUUAAAAUUA